ACUAGAAACUUGUGCCAAGAACAGGCCACCCGAAGUCGACCUUUGGUGAAGACUGGUGUUACGAUCCCAGUUGAUCCGAAUCCUUUUGUGUCUCCCUGAAAAGGUGAAUGCAUUCAUAACACUGGACCCUCUCCAAAGAGUUGUUUUCGCUUCCAGAUUACUCCAAAAGAUAAACUGCACAAAUUCGGUUCAAUAAUCGGAAGCAACCCCUUUAAGGUCCCAAUCGGUGACCCUGAUGACAUGCCUGCAUACUUGCGAGGUGACACGUGCACGCAAGUGCAUGUAGCUGGGCCACUUUUCUGGAAACGCGUAGGGACUUUUCCGCCUUGUCAACGAUUUCUUCAGAACCGCAACAUCUCCAUACCUAUAUAUAAACACCGAAUUCGCCCAUCGACCAUUUGCCUUGUAAAAGCAGUCUUCGACUUCCCCUGCAAGAGUUUACUUUUGACCAGAACUUAACGUUUGUGGAGUUGUAGAAUGGCGUCGUUCAGAUCAUUUGGACUUGCCUUCUGUGUUUUCGCUCUCGGCCUGUGCGGUGCUCGUGGAGUUGAAACAGAGAUAGUUGUGGUGAAUGGCACCGUAGCAGGAACCGGUAACCUUGAGGCCGAGAAGGGGGAUAACAUCACGCUGAGAUGUGAGGUCCGAGGUUUGGCGCAAGGAGACUCAAUCGUCUGGCAGUAUGACUUACAAGAUUUAACAACGAACGGUCGAAUUGAGGUUACACCGCAGGCACUACCGAGUAGAGUAGACCAUUCCUUAGACGAUGCUCUCGUCUUGACUAUUUCCCACGUCAGUGUCAGAGACGACGGAACGUACGUGUGCCUAGUCCGGCGACCCAGCUUUGAGAACCCUGUAGGCCUAAUAGACGCAGAUCAAUUAACAUUGAAAGUGUAUUCCUUUCCGGAUGACAGGAAUCCAGCGUGCGCGCCCAACGGGCCCCUGACCGUGUCCAUCGGUGAAAAGACAACGCUGACUUGCUCAACGAUCAGAGGACAGCCGACAGUAAACCUAACAAUCUCUUCUAUGGGCUCUGCACCCUCAUCUUUGGUUUGGUCCAGAAAUGGAAAUGGAGACCGAAUCUCACAGAGUGCUAACUGGACCGCCAACGUAUCCCAAGAUGAAUUGGUUUUCAUCUGCGAAAUCACCAGCUCUCGCUAUCCAGAUGAACGACGGAAUUGCACAAUGGGUCCCAUCCGCGUUGAGCAGAGCCCCAACCCGACCACACCGCAACCCGGUCCCACUGACAUGACUAACACAGUCCAAGAGACAGUAAUGCAAACUAGUAGCGCUACCCCGCCAACGUCUGGUCCAGCGACCACUUCACCGAGGCACCUCACAACCACAGCCGGCAGCUCUAGCACACGUCAAUCUGCUACCAAGGAGAGGGAUAAGACAGUACCGACCGAGUCUUCCUUCCCACGGAGGCCUGCGACCCUUCUUUCCCCCUCCUCGCUUAGUGGCAUGUCUGACGAACCCCACGAGCUGACAUCUACCGAACCACUGGGGGUGAACGCGGAGUCAGCGCUCCCCUGGCUGGUCGCUUUUGCCGUGGUCACUUUCCUCCUCAUCCUUUCCCUGGUCGCCAUUGUCAUGCUGUGCUUGAAGAUAAGGCACAUGAGGGGAUUCAACUGGACCGUAAGAACGGACGCGUUGAUGAGCAGGAGUCAACAUGAAAAACAAAAGGCUGCGAUAAAUGGUACCGUUAACGGCGCCUUCCAUGAAAUACCACUAAAUAACGUUUGAAAAGGGUAACUGUAAACCUCCACCAUUCACUGCUGAAACAACUCUGGGGAUAGGCCACCGGCGGUUUGUUUUUCGCAUAGGCUGAGUUCGGUCGGCUUGUUCUCGUAUGUUCACGAACAGCUCGAUUUGUUAUCCGUGGGUCGGGAGCUCGAACGCCGGGAACGAACA